AUGAAGGUUCUCCUGGUGGCACUGCUGGCCGGCCUGGUCUGCGUGGAGCGAGCCCUGACCUUGCAAUGCUACACCUGCAAAGAACCCACCGACCUCUCCGCGUGCACCACUGUCACCAACUGCUCGGAGAAAGCCACGGCCUGCAAGACGACUGUGCUCUCCGUAGACUCCGGUUACCCCUUUUUCGGGAACAUCACCGUGUCCAAAUCCUGCGCUGAAACGUGCGUGCCGUCCGACCCGGAUGGAAUCGGGGAGGCCCACCCCGACUCGUGCUGUUCCACCGACCUGUGCAACACGGACGGAGCGCCAGGGGUGAGAGGCAGCAUCCUGGGGGUCACAGCCGCCGCGCUCUGGACCCUCUUUCGGGUCAUGCCUUAGUGCAGCACCCCCGGGUCAUGCUGCCCAGCGCGGGGACCGUGGGAAAGACACUUCGUCAGUUCACUGUGGCUUCUUCUCUCCAUGCCGGCAAUGGAACGGCCCGUUGGCUCUGCUCCUCGCCGCUAGCCCACGGGAAACGUUCCUUCCGCGCUGAUCGCAUCCUGCUGCUUCGCCCCUGCGGGGAUGGGGGCGUGGGAGAGGCAGAGCCGCCCUGCAGGGCAGAAAAGGUCGGGGGACAGAGGGACUGGGGGACAAGGCUCUGGCCGGCAGUUGAAGAACUACACAAACUCUCCAGCUGAUCCAUCCCCGGGGAGCCAGGCCAGGCUGGUGUUGUUUCAGCAGGGGAAACUCGGGGUGCCCCCUUACUCUCACCUAAAGCCUGUUUUCUCAUGCAGGGAAUCCUGCAUGGAACAGCAACCCUGCUGGGUUCGUGCCAUAAAUAGCUCAAUGUGGCACAGGUACAAGAGAUGUGGGGGGCUCUUGGGCUAGUGCCUGGGGUCCCAGCUGUCAGCCCCAUACACCAGGAGCUCUGCUGCCAGCCCCACACACCAGGUUCCCAGCUGUCACCCCACA